GAAGCGCCUCUCGGCCUCGGAGUACACCUACCCAGAGAGUGAGUCGAGCCCCCCGCUGGGCGCCCGGCGCCGCUUCUCGGCGCUCAUGGACACCAGCCGCUUCACCGCGCCGCUGGAGGACGACGACGAACCCCGGGCCAGGGGCCCCGCCAGGGAGAACGGGGGCCCCGCAGCUGCCCCCCAGGCCGAGGGAAAGGAAGGGAGCGCGGGGACAGCCGGGGACCCCGCUGCCCCCAAGGAUGCCGAGGCUGGCGAUAGAGUGAAGGGGGGCGAUGCCCAGCCCCCGAAGGACACGGACCCCCAGACCCCCAAAGCCACCAGCGACCUGGUGCUGCGGCGCGCCCGGCACCAGCAGCUGUCCGGGGAGUCGGCGGGCGAGAGGCGCAGCGCCCGGGUGGGGGGCAAGGUCAUCAAGUCUGCCUCGGCCACCGCCCUGUCCGUCAUGAUCCCCACAGUGGAGCAGCACACCAGCUCCCCCCUGGCCAGUCCCAUGUCACCCCGCUCCCUCUCCUCGAACCCGUCCUCGCGGGACUCCUCCCCGAGCCGCGACUACUCGCCUGCUGUCACCGUCCUGCGCUCGCCCAUCACCAUCCAGCGCUCCGGCAAGAAGUACGGCUUCACACUGCGCGCCAUCCGCGUCUACAUGGGCGACAGCGACGUCUACAGCGUCCACCACAUCGUCUGGCACGUGGAGGAGGGGGGCCCAGCCCACGAGGCGGGUCUCUGCGCCGGGGACCUCAUCACCCACGUCAACGGGGAGCCCGUGCACGGGCUGGUGCACACGGAGGUGGUAGAGCUCAUUCUGAAGAGCGGGAACAAGGUGAUGGUGACCACGACGCCCUUCGAGAACACAUCCAUCCGCGUCGGGCCGGCCCGCAAGAGCAGCUACAAAUCCAAGAUGGCGCGGAGGAACAAGAGGAGCAUCAGCAAGGAGGGGCAGGAAAGCAAGAAGCGCAGCUCGCUCUUCCGGAAGAUCACCAAACAAGCCAACCUGCUCCACACCAGCCGCAGCCUCUCCUCGCUCAGCCGCUCGCUCUCCUCCAGCGACAGCCUACCUGGCUCGCCCACCCACAGCCUGAGCGCCCGCUCGCCCACCCAGAGCCUGCGCACCACCCCCGACUCUGCCUACCUCG